GUAAUAUUUCGUCAUAUAUGUAAUAACACGUUUUAAAUUUACAAUUCCACUCCUCAAAUUUAAUCCGGCAUCGUUGUAAAACUUCUACCAACUGACUCAUAACGUCAUUUCAUCAGUUAGUUUUGAGAAUUGGUGUGUUGUGUUAGUUUACACGAAGAAUUUAAACAAUUGUUAAAGUUUGAGUGCCUUUUUCCGGUAGAAAUACAAUAAUGGGCGAUGAAGUAGCUGAAAACGGUCACGUAGAAAAUGGAGACGUACCAGAAAUCGAACUCAUAAUAAGAGCGUCCACCAUAGACGGUAGACGUAAAGGAGCGUGUCUUUUUUGUCAAGAAUAUUUUAUGGAACUGUACUUAUUGGCCGAACUUAAAACGAUUAGUUUAAAAGUAACUACGGUCGAUAUGCAGAAACCGCCUCCCGAUUUUCGUACGAAUUUCGAAGCUACCCCGCCUCCGAUACUAAUAGACAGAGGUAUGGCCAUUUUGGAAAACGAAAAAAUUGAAAGACACAUCAUGAAAAGUGUACCGGGCGGACAUAAUUUAUUUGUACAGGAUAAAGAAGUGGCAACGUUGAUCGAAAACCUUUAUACGAAAUUCAAGAUGUACGUGAGAAAAUACGAAUCGCCCGAUACUACGGAAAGUAGACAACCGUUACUGUCCCAUUUGGAGAGGAUCAACGACUUUUUGGCCAAAAGGGGAACGAGAUUUUUAACCGGAGACACGAUGUCGUGCUUCGAUUGCGAAUUGAUGCCGAGACUUCAACAUAUACGCAUCGGAGCGAAAGCCUUCAGAAAAUUCGAGAUUCCGACGAGUUUCACUGCCCUUUGGAAUUACAUGGCGAACAUGUACGAAUUGGAGGCUUUCAUACAAAGCUGCCCGGCCGAUCAGGACAUCAUUAGUCACAUUAAAAAUCAAUUGGGUCUAAAGACGACGGCUCGGAUAGAAUUGGAAACGCCCGUUUACACGACGGCCAUUCCGGUCCUGGCGGAAUCUUAAAAAAAUUACGAUAAUGGAAAUUUCAAAAAAUUCGGUUUUGUGAUAUUUGAAAUCGGAAGUAUAUAGGAAAGUUUUGAACAAAAAAAAUAGGAAUCGAUCUUUUUCGAAUGUUUUUUUUUAAAAAAAAAUUUUGUAGGCCAGUUUUGAAAAAUAUGGAAUCAUAUUAUAAUCAAAAAACCCUCGUAUAUAAAGUUUGUUAUGCGAUUUUGCUAAAAAUCUAAUUUUAAAUUGAAAUAAUUCAAAUUAUCGGUUAAGGUUGUUACACACGUUCCGAUUUUUGUUUCAAAUUAAAUAGCGUUUUAUUUAGUUUAAAUAUAUAAAAAAAAUUUCUUUUUCAUAUUAUCAAUUAGAAAAAAAAAAAUUCUGUCAAUUUUUCUGUACGAUAUAAACUUGAAAAAAUACAUUUUAAUACGCCGGUACGUGUGUGCCUACCUUUACGUUUAUAAUCGAAAAUGAAAAAAAUGUUUUCUCUUAUUUAAAAAUUAGGGUGGUUACCUACGUUCCGGUAUAAAUACAAAACAAAAUAUUAUUCUGGAUCGUGUGAACCGGUCUUAACGCCGCACAAUAUAAGACAUACCAUCAAAGGUUCGUUAAGGGGGUUACUUACGUUCCGGUAUUUCUACCACUUCCACCAAAUCGAUAAAUCGUAUAAGGAAACGUGUGAACCGGUCUUUACAUCGUGAAAUAUUGAAAUACCAUGAAAAUUUUAAGUUUAAUUCGAUUAAGAUGAUUAUCUACGUUUCGGCAUUUUUUACUAACGCCUAAAAUACAAUUAAUUGUAUCCGGAUUCGCGUAAUCGGGCCUUUACAACAAAAUAUCGUACGUACUAUCGUAUAUGAUAGGGUGAAGGUGGUUUUAUAUGUUCCGGUAUGUUUGUUAAUAGCGAGGGAAUAAUAACUCAUAAUUCUGUACGUGUAAACUGGUCUUUACACGACAAAAUUUUAUACACCCUAUGAAAACUUCGAGUCUUAUUCUAUUAAGGUGGUUAUCUACGUGACGUGACAGUAAUUCGUAUUCCGAUUCGUGUGAAUAGACCUUUAUUUGUACGCUCCGUUAUUUUUGGUUAUAACACGGGAACAAUUAAUCGCGAAUCGUAACGUGUAAAACGGUCUUUAUAACUUAAAAUUUCGUAUAUACCAGCGAAACUUCGAGUUUGAUUCAAUUGACGUUCCGGUAUCUUUAAUGAUAACCUAAAAACAGUAGUAAUUUCCUGUGAACAGGCCUUUAUGACAUACUAUCGUUUAUGAUACGGUUUAGGUGGUUUUCUAAGCUCCGGUAUCUUAACUUUAUUUUUAUUCGUUAGCAAUAAACCGUGUGAAUCGGUCUUUAUAACCCCAAUCGAAUUUGGUGUAGCUGCAUGUUGAGGUGGUUAUCUACGUUUCUUUUUUUCAUCUUAAUAAUCGAUAUAAGCGUAAAUACGCCGGAACGUGUGUGCCACUCUUAACGAUUAUUAUUUUAUCGGCUCCAAACGCAUCAUUUUUAUUUCAAGUAUUAAGUAUUAUUUAAUACAUUAUCUAAAUUUUUAAACAAUUGAUCGAUAAUAACUAGAUAAUACUAGGUUAAUUAUUUAAUUUUAAUUUUUUUUCUUCAAACAAUCGCUUUUUCACUGUUCCAAUACGUAGACGCACUUAUUUUAUUUUUAAUUUAAUCGUAUCGAAAUAUCGAAAAAUUGGUGG